CUGCUGAUCUGAGGGAUCUGAUUGGGCUGUAGACAUUGAGCAGAUCAUACCAUUUAAUGCUUUGCAGACUAGAAGAUAUCUAUUUUGAAUUCGCUUUUGUUUUUUUUUAGGAAAUCCUACAUAGAGGGCUUUACAUUAGGCUCAUCUGCUGGAUACAUUAGUUGUGUGAGUGUUGCAUGCCCCAGUGGAUUCUUUGACCAGUGACAAAGUGAAGUGGGCGGGGUCAAACUGCACAGAAACCUGACUUAGGCCUACAGUAAGGAACAAGCUCAACACACAUGACGAAUUGUGCCAAAAUGCAACACGGGAUCGUGAAUGUGACGGUCCGGGAUGUGAGGUUCCCCACUUCUUUGGAGCAACACGGCUCCGAUGCAAUGCACACAGACCCGGAUUAUUCAGCUGCAUAUGUGGUCAUCGACACGGACAGCGGACUGAAAGGCUUCGGCCUCACCUUCACCUGUGGAAAAGGCACCGAGAUAGUGGUUUGUGCUGUGAAGGCUCUGUCCGGGCUGGUUGUUGGGAAAUCCCUGCAGGAGAUCGUGAGUGAUUUCCGUGGAUUUUACCGCCUCCUGACCAGUGACAGUCAGAUGAGAUGGUUGGGCCCGGAGAAAGGAGUGAUCCAGCUGGCCACCGCUGCCGUCCUCAACGCUGUGUGGGACCUGUGGGCGCGAGCGGAGUCCAAGCCGCUGUGGAAGCUGCUUGUCGACAUGGAUCCCAAGCAGAUGGUCUCCUGCAUCGACUUCAGAUACAUCACAGACGUGCUCACGGAGAAGGACGCUCUCGACAUACUCAUGAGAGCGCAGGAGGGCAAGCAGCUGAGAGGUGAGAACACUCCAAAGAGCCAUUAAUUACAUGUCUGAAUGGGAUUAUCCAGAA